GCAGGCUUUGCCGAUACGGAGCUCUUGUCGUUUCUUGUUGUCGACGUUGUUGUUCGACUCUAAGGGAUGUUGUAUCAGUUUCAUCGAAAGCAAACGAGACAGUUGAUGCUGUGGCUGACUGUUGAACUUCUUUGUUUGAGUCAGUGCAAAUUUGUAGCUGCGACGGACCGUAUUUUGCAGACUGUUCACGGCCAUGUCAACGCGCGAAACUUUACUUACUACCGCCUGACACUUGGUAGGAAGUUCACAAUUGUGUUGGACAGCCUCGAAGGAGACGCGGAUCUCUACGUUUCUGAGGGCAACAGACAGCCGCACUAUCGAGACCUCGACUACAACAUGAGUUCAAACACAUGUGGUCGCGAGUUGAUUGUCAUCUCACACAAGCUAAAGCGGCCGAUAGUAGCAGGCGUGAUAGGACACGAACAGUAUCCGGAGUCAAAAUUCUUGAUGACUGUUGUUGAUGGAGAGCUUAGUUAUGACGAUGCGGCCAAGAUUUCUCCUGAAGAUUAUAAUAAGUCACAACCUGAUGGGAAAGAGAACACAGCCUGGAACAUUUUAUCUUUACUACUGAAAUUGAUACUUGAAGUUUUGCUCUAAUGAACAUAUCUAGACCAUAGUUUGCGCUGAGACGUAAUGGCAGUAAUGUUUUCUACUGUACAGUUGGCACACUCUGCUGUGUUGUUGUAGAAAAAUAAUAUAGUUAUGGUAUCCUGUAUUC